AUGUUGCGAAACUUUAUUCAUUCAGUUUGGGCUCUGUGCCUGCUGGUCGCUGUCGUCCAGGGCCAAUUCAACUUCUUCGAGCACAUGUUUGGAGGCGGCCAACAACAAGCGCAGCAGCAACAAGGUGCUCAAAAUGUCCCUAGCGACAGUGGCAGAUACCAGAAAAUGUGGCAGCAAUCUCAAUGCAGUAACUAUCUUUGCCCCGGGACUCUCGCCUGUGUGCACUUCCCGCAUCACUGCCCUUGCCCACACCCCGACGUUGAAGAAAAAGUUGAGCUUGGAGAGGGGAGUGCGAUCUGUGUGUCAAAGGGAGGAUACAAAGCCGGCGAGGCAGCUCGAAAGAUCGAGCUUGCCCGGAAGGGUCUUCUGUGA